UGGGUUCACGGAGCCUGGUCUGUGACUGCCAGCCUGCCGGCAGGUAGACGUCUGAGCCAGUGGGUGGGGGAGGCGGCCAGUCGGUGGCCCUGGUGGCCCGCGUGGCCCGGUGGCAGCGGAGCCAUGGUUUCCAAGCUGAGCCAGCUGCAGAUGGAGCUUGUGGCGGCCCUGCUGGAGUCGGGCUUGAGCAAAGAGGCGCUGAUCCAGGCCUUGGGGGAGCCUGGACCCUACCUGCUGGCCGGAGAUGGUCCCCUGGACAAGGGGGAGUCGUGUGGCAGCAGUCGGGGAGAGCUGGCCGAACUGCCCAACGGGCUGGGGGAGACGCGGGGCUCCGAGGACGACACGGACGACGAUGCGGACGACUUCACCCCACCCAUCCUCAAAGAGCUGGAGAACCUCAGCCCGGAGGAAGCGGCCCACCAGAAGGCCGUGGUGGAGACCCUUCUGCAGGAGGACCCAUGGCGUGUGGCAAAGAUGGUCAAGUCCUACCUGCAGCAGCACAACAUCCCUCAGCGGGAGGUGGUCGACACCACCGGCCUCAACCAGUCCCACUUGUCCCAGCACCUCAACAAGGGCACCCCCAUGAAGACACAGAAGCGAGCCGCCCUGUACACCUGGUAUGUCCGCAAGCAACGAGAGGUGGCUCAGCAAUUCACCCACGCGGGGCAGGGUGGGCUGAUUGAAGAGCCCACAGGUGAUGAGCUGCCAACCAAAAAGGGGCGGAGGAACCGUUUCAAGUGGGGCCCGGCCUCCCAGCAGAUCCUGUUUCAGGCCUAUGAGAGGCAGAAGAACCCCAGCAAGGAGGAGCGAGAGACCUUGGUGGAGGAAUGCAAUAGGGCGGAAUGUAUCCAGAGAGGGGUGUCACCAUCGCAGGCACAGGGGCUUGGCUCCAACCUUGUCACAGAAGUGCGUGUCUACAACUGGUUUGCCAACCGGCGCAAGGAAGAAGCCUUCCGGCACAAGCUGGCCAUGGACACGUACAGCGGGCCGCCGCCGGGCCCGGGCCCAGGGCCUGCGCUGCCGGCCCACAGCUCCCCUGGCCUGCCUGCGUCGGCCCUCUCCCCUGGUAAGGUCCACGGUGUGCGCUAUGGACAGCCUGCAACCAGUGAGGCAGCUGAGGUACCCUCAAGCAGCGGCGGUCCCUUAGUGACAGUGUCUGCUCCCUUGCAUCAAGUGUCUCCCACAGGGCUGGAGCCCAGCCACAGUCUGCUGAGCACGGAAGCCAAGCUGGUCUCAGCCACUGGCGGUCCCCUCCCCCCAGUCAGCACCCUGACAGCGCUGCACAGCCUGGAGCAGACCUCCCCAGGCCUCAACCAGCAACCCCAGAACCUCAUCAUGGCCUCUCUGCCUGGGGUCAUGACCAUCGGGCCUGGCGAGCCUGCCUCUCUGGGCCCCACGUUCACCAACACAGGCGCCUCCACCCUGGUCAUUGGCCUGGCCUCCACCCAGGCGCAGAGCGUGCCGGUCAUCAACAGCAUGGGCAGCAGCCUGACCACCCUACAGCCUGUCCAGUUCUCCCAGCCGCUGCACCCUUCCUACCAGCAGCCUCUCAUGCCUCCUGUGCAGAGCCACGUGGCCCAAAGCCCCUUCAUGGCCACCAUGGCCCAGCUACAGAGCCCCCACGCCCUCUACAGCCACAAACCCGAGGUGGCCCAGUACACGCACACGAGCCUGCUUCCGCAGACGAUGCUGAUCACUGACACCAACCUGAGUGCCCUCGCCAGCCUCACACCCACCAAGCAGGUUUUCGCCUCGGACACCGAAGCCUCCAGUGAGUCCGGCCUUCACGCACCUUCGUCUCCAGCUGCCACCAUCCACAUACCCAGCCAGGACCCGGCUGGCAUCCAGCACCUGCCGCCUGCCCACCGGCUCAGCACCAGCCCCACUGUGUCCUCCAGCAGCCUGGUGUUGUACCAGAGCUCCGACUCCACCAACGGCCACAGCCACCUGCUGCCGUCCAACCACGGUGUCAUCGAGACGUUCAUCUCCACGCAGAUGGCUUCCUCUUCGCAGUAGCCAUGGCAGCUGCGUCUCAGGGGCUGGGGCCUGAAGGCUGCCUAGUGGGUGAGGGCCACAGCCAUGCCUCUCCUACCACAGGCAGCACUGCCUUUUCCAGAAAAUUCUGUCUUGGCUCUGACUGCUGCCUUGCCAGUAUGAGAAAGGGACGGUGCUGAGGCACCCCAGCCUGGGCAGGGCUAUGUUGGUCACAUAAAAGGGGACUGUGAAGAGCUGAGAAGCAGAGCCUGUUAUGGGCUGGAUUCUAGAAGGACCAAAUCUGCUGCUUGGGCCAGACAACUUGUUACUUAGAAGGGAGUAGCCUGUGGCUCUGCAUCCCCUAGCCUGGGCCUGCAGGCUCCGAAGGAUCUGGUGACAUGCUGUAAGCUGUGAGGCCCUAAGUCAACAUGAGUACCUUCUGUCACCUGCGCAUCCCCAGGCCACUCCGCCUUGCCUCAGCUUCUCUCUGUGGCCCACAUACCCAUCUGUGGACCACCCACACACACCAUCAUUUCAUCACAUUGAUGCUCUGGGCCAAGGCCUGGGGCUGAGGCGCCCAAGACCUGGGGGAUCUUGAGCUGAGGGAAAGACAUUCAGGGCCCUCCCAGCCUAGCUCUUCUGAGCCACCCUCUCCUUGGCCCCACAGUGUCAUUUGUAGGGACACUUGCUCCCCUCACCAUCAUGCCUUCUGAUGCCAGCCUGGUAUCUUGCUUCUACUUAGAAAGCCCACUUCAGGGUCUUACUAAGAAGCCAUCCUUGCUCCUGAGGGCAUGUGACCUGUGCCCAACCCGAGUCUGGGGCAGCAACUCCCCUGGCUUCAGGAACUUGAAGACCCUUCCCUUGUCUGGGGACGAGGAUGGGGGAAAACCUGCCAAGCUCAGAAGGUGAUAAAAGUAUGAGCCAGUGGCACAACUAGGUGUCCAGAGGAAGACGAGGGUGGCGAGGUCAGUAGAGAGGAGCCCCCUGCAAGGCCUAGAAGCUGUCCUGAGAACUCCAAGGCUGAGCACCACCGGGUGGGGCGAAGCAGCUUGGGGAGCCCAGGGCGCGUGUGGCCUCAACUCCCGGGGCCUCUGCCCAGCACCUGGCCCUCAGUGGUAGUCUCUGUCAGGACUGAGGAAGGGGCCCUGGAGAACGAGUAUCCAUUACAGCUUGGCGCCAGCUACAGGCAGGCCUGUAUGUUUAUUUAACGUUUAGUAAAGUCAGUGGGAAAU